AUGGCUGUAGUUGAAAUAACAAGCCAGGACCAAUUUACGCAACUUACCACUACAAGUGCUGCUAAUAAACUCAUCGUUUUGUAUUUUCAAGCUCAAUGGGCCGAUCCUUGCAAAAGUAUGAGCCAGGUGCUUGAAGCUGUCAGUGAAGAAGUUAACCAAGAGGAUGUCCGAUUUUUAUCAAUAGAUGCUGACAAACAUCCAGAAAUAUCAGACCUUUUUGAAAUUGCAGCCGUACCAUACUUCGUCUUCAUUCAAAAUGGCACUAUCGUGAAAGAGAUUUCAGGCGCAGAUCCGAAGGAGUUUGUGAGAAGCUUAGAAGCUCUCUCGAGUGGUUCUGCCUCACUAGGGAGCAAUGCUAAGGGUCCUACAUCUGCUUCAGAUGAGGAAAACAGUGGGUGUUCCGAUGAUGAAGAGGUUGAAACCGAAGAAGAAAUAAACGCAAGGCUGGUGAAGCUAGUGCAAGCUGCGCCUGUGAUGCUGUUCAUGAAGGGAAGUCCAUCAGAACCCAAGUGCGGAUUCUCUAGACAGUUAGUAGGUAUUCUCAGAGAACAUCAAAUAAGGUUUGGAUUUUUUGAUAUAUUAAGAGAUGAUAACGUUAGACAAAGCCUGAAGAAGUUUUCUGAUUGGCCUACUUUCCCUCAGUUAUAUAUCAACGGGGAAUUCCAAGGAGGUUUGGAUAUUAUUAAGGAAUCUAUAGAAGAAGAUCCUGAAUAUUUCCAACAUGCUCUACAGUAA